UGGAAAAUCAUGUAUCGGAAAACGAGCCCUGCAAUGGCAACCUGCUUCUGGAGUGGAAACCGCAAACAAUCAAUAGCGGUUUUGAUGACCGAUCUAUUCUAUUUGGCACAGCCUACCACACAUUCGAUCACAGUUUCCAGGUGGCUCUUUGUCUUCGUAGAGGCAUGCGAAAUGAACUAUGUGUCUUUGACGUCGAGUUUGACAUGCAUCAUGGCUCUUUACAUAUGCACCCGGUUGCUCAGAUAGUCCUAGAGGAAGAGCCCAGUUACCUAGGUUACCUUAACUGCUGCGAAUCUUCUGUUAUUGCCGUCGGAACAUUUACCGCUACUUUGUAUCUGUAUACAUUACAUAAACAACAACUCCGAGCGCCAAAAGUGAUUGCUUAUGCCGACGGUCCUCUUUCCAUACCCCAAUCGGCAGCUGUCAUUGGGAACGGUGAUAUUUCUUACUUCUUGCUUGGCUUGCGUGAAGGGACAUUACUCGCUUUCAAAUGGCAUAACAAUGAAAAGGUGCCGCUAUUCAAUGAUCCGCCGCUUCGGUAUCAUCUUGGCGCCUUACCAGUUCGGUUAACGUCGGCUUCAGUACCUUCGUCCGUCUAUGCAUUAUCAGAAUAUGUAUGGCGAAUAGAUGUCGGUUCACAGGAUGAACUGGUCAUGUCCUUGGUUUUGCUGCCGAAACCCCGCAAUAUGAUUGAUGCAAUCACUGUUAUACCUCACGUCACAGCCCACCCAAGAGACCACGGCAUCGGUACCAAUGAAGAUCAUCUAUUCCUCUCCACCCGAAACGAAAUUUCUAUUUAUAAACUUGGUCAGACAAGGCAACUGCAUAGUCGAAAACUAACCAUCAAUGAGACACCACGAAAAGUUGUAUAUAACGAAUCUCUCCAACACGCCGUGCUCAUGAGUACGAGCAGUACAACUACCGAAUAUAAACCUCUACUGCGAAUCGUUGACUUGGCUAGUGGCCUACCGACGACUUGUCGCAAACCGCAUAAUCUUUUGACGGAUAAUAUCAAUCCAGACGACACAGUGCUGUGCAUGAAAGAAUGGUCUGUUCAUCGCAACCACAAAAUAUAUAACUACCUGUGCAUGGGCAUGAGUCGAUCAAAAGGGAAUCAGAGUUUUGGUGAUGGACGAAAAUUACCAUCCACGCAAGAAGGCACCUUGUUAAUUUAUCGAAUCAUGGUCGAUCGUACUUUCCGGCUCGUGUGGAUGGAGUCAAAUUUACCUGGCGCGGUUCACGCUGUCUGUCCCCAUCCUUCAGGGCUUUUGUUUUCUUCAGGUUCUUUGUUACAUUUAUUUCGUCUGGAUCCGGCGCAGGGAAGGUGAAAUACAGAUAAGAAUAACAUGCGUCCAAUCAUGAGCUCAACUCUU